CUUUGCUUUCCCCUGCACAAAAACAAACUCCCUAUUCUCUCUCUCCUUUUCUCUCUCUUAUUUCUUUGCAUCGGAGUCAGACUCAGAGUGAUCAAUGAAGAAAUAUGCAAGUGUCAUCUCUCCAGCUUGGACUUGAUUCUCUCCUUUUCCCUCCGCGAUUUCACCCAUCGCUUCUGCUUCUAUUCUCCUUCAGGGUUUUCGACAAAUCCUGUUGAAUUGUGCCGAGCUCGUGUUUGUUUUGAAUUUCCAUUGACUCUGAGCGUCUGAGUUAGUGAGGGACUUGCCGUAUAAUCAUGCCGCCGGCUUUAGUGAAUCCAGUAAUGCCAGAAUCUUUGUCGGUGCCACCUUCGAGCUCCGAUUCUGUUUCUCAAGGAUCUGCGCAGGAGAAUCGGCGUUUUGGAGAUCUUAGAGGUUUGCAGUGGCGUAUAAAUCUCGGGGUUUUGCCAUCUUCAGCUUCUAUUGAUUAUCUUCGUCGGGCCACUGCUGAUUCUCGAAGGAGGUAUGCUUGUUUGAGAAGGCACCUCCUGGUUGAUCCACAUACUCCAAAGGGUGGAAGUAAUUCCCCCGAUCUAGUCAUAGACAAUCCUCUUUCACAGAAUCCAGAUAGUACAUGGAGCCGCUUUUUUCGUAAUGCAGAGCUGGAGAGGAUGGUUGAUCAGGAUUUGUCACGUUUAUACCCAGAACAUGGGAGUUAUUUCCAAACACCAGGAUGCCAAGGAAUGUUGAGACGAAUUUUAUUACUGUGGUGUCUUAAGCAUCCCGAAUGUGGUUAUGGACAAGGAAUGCAUGAAUUAUUGGCUCCAUUGCUAUAUGUUCUCCAAGCUGAUGUGGAGCAUGUUUCAGAAAUCCGAAAACUCUACGAAGAUCACUUCACCGACAGAUUUGAUGGUCUUUUAUGUCAAGAGAAUAAUCUUUCUUACAGUUUUGAUUUUAGAAAAUCUCCGGAUUCGAUGGAGGAUGAAAUUGGUUCCCUUGGAAAUGCUAUGAAAGUCAAGAGUAUUGAGGAGCUUGAUCCUGAUAUACAGGACAUUGUAUUGUUAAGUGAUACUUAUGGUGCUGAAGGUGAACUGGGCAUUGUUUUAUCUGAGAAAUUCAUCGAACAUGAUGCCUACUGUAUGUUUGAUGCUUUAUUGAGUGGGGCCCAUGGUCUGGUUGCAAUGGCAGAUUUUUUCUCAUCCUCCCCUGCAGCUGGGUCCCAUACAAGCUUAUCUCCUGUAAUUGAAGCUUCGAGGGCAUUGUAUUGUUUGCUUUCCCUUGUGGAUUCAUACCUGCAUGGUCAUCUUGUAGAUCUUGGGGUUGAACCCCAAUACUUUGCUCUCCGUUGGUUGAGAGUUCUAUUUGGACGGGAAUUUUCACUUGACAACCUUCUGAUAAUCUGGGAUGAGAUCUUUGCCUCAGAUAAUAGCAAAGUGGAAAAUGGUGCUGAUGAUGACAUAGACUCUGGCAUUAGGAUCUUACGGUCUCCUCGUGGGGCAUUUAUCUCAGCUAUGGCUGUAGCAAUGAUACUUCAUUUAAGAUCUUCACUACUUGCCACUGAAAAUGCUACAACCUGUCUUCAGAGAUUGUUAAACUUCCCUCAGAACACCAACAUUAAGAAACUGCUUGAAAAGGCUAAAUCUUUGCAGGCUAUCGCGUUAAGCACCAACAUUUCAAUACCAUCAUCAUUUUUCGGUGUUUAUAACCAAAGCAAAUCACCAAUUACAAGAUCUCUCACCCUUCCAUCGGAAACUGUUUCUCCAAGAACUCCCCUGAAUCUGUUGCCUGAUAGCUACUGGGAAGAAAAAUGGAGAGUUGUCCACAAAGCUGGAGAAACUAAGAAAGAUGGUUCAAAUAAGCAGGUUCCUAUCUGGAAAAAGGGAUGGACAGAAAAGGUGAAAUUCAGUCUCAAGAGAACAGAAUCUGACCCAUCUCCAUCUAAGUUUCAGGUAGGCAAGACUGAACCUAAAGCAUCUGUUAGGCGCAGUUUGCUGGAGGAUCUUAAUAGGGCACUUGGCUUAGAUGAAGAUACAGAUAAAAUGCACUGCCAUGAAACAUCAAAUCAACGGGAUAAUAUUUCUGUAAGAGUUGAAGGGGAGGAUCAAGAUGGUGGCUGUAAAGAUAACAGUUGCGCCGCGGAGGAUGGACUUCUGAGUGGAAAUACUGGCAGCGAGGAAAACUCAUCUUCAUUUACAGAUCCAAUCAGUCCUCCUAAUGAAGUCAAUGAUCAAGAAAAUUACUUAGAGAAAAGUAGUGUUGCAUCUGAUUUAUUUUUUAAGGAAAGCAACGAAGAUUCACUUUCUAGUUCCAGUGAUUCAGCUCUUCCUAUCUCUUCUGUGCCUGAGAACAUAGCUCAGAACCCAGGAUGCAAUAGUGAUGCCACUGUAAAUUCAGCAAGAGUGUCUGAGGAGAGAAAAGUGAACAAAAUUGGGUGGUUUUGGAAUUUUGGUCGAAAUAAUGAGAUGAUAACUGAGAAAGGAGGAAAUGCUUCGGAAGCUACAAAAUCUGGCAACAGUUCUAGUAAAAGCAACACAACAGCCUCAGCUGCAUGCAGUAAAAGUAGUCCUGUUAGUUGCAAAGGAGAUUCUGUCGACCAGAAUGUGAUGGGAACUUUAAGGAAUCUUGGGCAGUCCAUGCUGGAGAAUAUUCAGGUUCUUGAGUCUGUUUUCCAGCAAGACAAAGGCCAAGGGACCUCAUUGGAGAGCUUCUCCAAGAAUAUUCUGGUUGGCAGAGGGCAGGUUACUGCUAUGACAGCUCUAAAGGAGCUUCGCAAAAUCAGCAAUCUUUUGUCUGAGAUGUGAAGCGAAGCUCAUAUUGGUUUUGUAUAUAGCUUUUGUAAUUAUAAUUCUUUUAGCGGCAAUAAAACGAGUUUCUUCUUUAGGGUCCUUCCAUCGUCUACCAAGUUUUGCAGAUGUUGAGAGAGAUGAAUAUGUAAAUAAGAUUCCGGGUUACAUAGUAUAUACAUUCCUAUUUAUGGCUGAGUCAUUUGAGAUGUUAAGCGGCCUCAAAUCAUCGCAGCAAUAAAAGUUAUCGUUGGUCAUUUUUAUUUUC